UAAACACCCUCCCAACACGCAUCCACACAAACACACGGAUCCACAUACUAGAGCAAGGUCACGUGACUAUGCUGACGUCAGACUGGGGAAGCAGGCUGAGAAACGAGUUAGUUUGUGGGCUUUGAAUAAACCUCCAGCUCAGACUGGGAGACCAUCAGUUGCCGUUAGCUCUGCUUUCAGUUGCCGAUUCGCUCCAUUUCUCCUCCCCUUGGGUGUACUAUCCCCCCUCCCUCCUCUUCUUAUCAUUGUUUUCUCUAGCGCUGUCUUUUAUUCUCGUCUUUUGCUUCUCCUCCUCCUGCUGCUGUUGCCGCAAACUUAGUCUAGAGCGAAAUUCCUGUGUGAUGGACUGCUGAACAGCUUUUGGUCCGCUACGAAGUGAGCAGCGAGGUGAGUGACUGACAGGACCAACAGACAUGGGAAAGCAGAACAGCAAGCUCCGUCCUGAGGUGAUGCAGGACCUCCUGGAGAGCACUGACUUCACUGAGCAUGAGAUCCAAGAGUGGUAUAAGGGCUUUCUGAGGGACUGCCCCAGCGGGAACCUGUCCAUGGAGGAGUUCAAGAAGAUUUACGGGAACUUCUUUCCAUAUGGAGAUGCUUCGAAGUUUGCAGAGCACGUGUUUCGCACUUUUGAUGCUAACGGGGAUGGGACGAUAGAUUUUAGGGAGUUUAUCAUCGCUUUAAGUGUGACAUCACGUGGCAAGCUUGAGCAGAAGCUGAAGUGGGCCUUCAGUAUGUACGACCUGGACGGGAAUGGGUACAUCAGUAAAGCUGAGAUGUUGGAGAUUGUACAGGCAAUAUAUAAGAUGGUGUCCUCUGUGAUGAAGAUGCCCGAAGACGAGUCAACGCCUGAGAAGAGGACGGAGAAGAUCUUCAGGCAGAUGGACACCAACAGAGAUGGUAAACUGUCUCUGGAAGAGUUCAUCAAAGGAGCAAAGAGCGACCCCUCCAUCGUCCGCCUGUUGCAGUGCGACCCCAGCAGCGCUGGCCAGUUCUAAACCUGAGGCAGUGCCACAAUCUUGCUUCUUUGGGUGACUCUACAUGCCUGUAAAUCUCCACCAUGGAGCAGACUGAUGAUGAAGAAAUGACAAGACGAAGAUGAAGAAGCCAGGCCUUCAACACAUACUGAGGACUUUUUAAACAUGGCCACAGGAGUCUAAUCUUCGUUAAUAUGCCCCCCUCUUCUAUAUGACCCCACCCAUAUAAACAGCUGUGUGUAAACUCUCUGAAAUCCAGCAAAGAUCUACACCAUAGCUGGUUACUGACCCCCUGCUGACUCGAAUUAAACUCCUCAGUUCUCCUGUAGGCCUAUUAGAGUGUAGAGAAGGUUUACCGUAGGUUGUGUAUAUAUACAGUGUAAACUGGAGUCUCUGUAUCAGUGUCUUUGCUUGGCUCUCUGUUCUCUCUAAACAUCCAGUUAGGCCCACACAGAGCACCGUGUGGGACAGACAGAACGCGUGCAGGAGAGAGAGAGACAGCACGCUGUAGGUGAGCUCAUUGAAUCUGCAGAGAGGACCUGUGACGUUUGUCGUUCGCUCACAAUGAGUACUGCUUUCACUUUCUUCUUUUCUACUGUAACGUGUUUUUGUAAACUUGAUAGACUUUGUUUCAUAUAUCGUGCUGGAACGGACACAUCGUGUAACGUUAUGCUACUAUGCAUAUGCUCCCCGACCAGUCCUUAGAUUUUGUGAAGUCUCACUGAUGAGCAUCCCUCUGUCCAUCUGUUCCCACAUGUUUUACUUUAAUAUAUUGGAAAUAGAAGCACAAGAACUGUUGCUGCGCUUGAGCUUUUAAUACAAUACACACGUAGUCUUUCCAGGUAUUUGAGUACAGUGUAGGUAAUUGAAAGGGCACCUAAUCUUGUUGAGCAAUUCCAUGUAGUCCAGAACGUUCAGCUUCAGAACAAAGUUGUGGUGAAAUAAUAAUAAUGAAAACAUUAAUAAUAGAAAAUGUUUAUUUAAAUGUUGCCGGAUAUCAAGCAUGCAGACCAGGAUUCUUUUACUUUGACUAAGUGAGAAGCACAGAAACAACCUCUCAACGCUCUCUUUUAAUGUGUACAAUGAAAUGCUGCAUGUAGUCGUUGGGAACACAGGCGUGUUGACCAACACGACACGUUUGCAUGUGAUUUAGGCGCAUGUGUGUUUUUACUGUAGGUUUAUAAAUACUCAUUACUGCCAUUGGAGCAUUGGGCUGUGGGUCAACCAUCAGCAUGUGUGUCUGUGUCCCGCUGGAUGCAAACAGGAGGAUUCACUUGGCUUUACCAUUGGCUCUGUGUCCUUCUCUCGGUUUCCCGCUUUCACUCCACUCCAACACAAAACGAAGAGGAACUCUGACCACGAUCAGCCUGAAGCCACCCCGUGAAUGUAACCGAGCAAGGAGAAGCGUUGAAUGUUCAGGAAGUCCUGAAGGAGAAAAGACGCAGACCAAUGGAGAAUCAGAACUACUGCAACGAUGCUGUCACAAUGUGUCGCUUUGAUGGUUUUUUAUAAAUGUACACGGAUAAACUUUUCUUAUAAAAAGAAAGAAAUGCAUCAGGUGUAAUAUUUCUGUCAAAUACAAAUUAGCGAAUUGUGAUCAAGUGCCAAAUAAAAACAAAACAGUAUUGUAUAAAUUUAUACUGUACAAUUAUUAUAUGUUGAACAAAUGUUUGCAAUGGUUGAAUUUUGUAGGUUUUGUAUGGUUUCCUGUAUUUUAGUGACUGUUGUUUUGAAACACAGGAUUCUCUUUUUUUUUUUUUGUUCUGUUUUAGUUUUUUUUUUUUUGUUCGAUUAAAAGGCAAGAAUUAAACCUAUGGUAUACUGUGUGCACCUA